GUAGUUCCUCGAGCUGUGCUGAUUCCCUUCCCAGGAAGAAAUAUCCUGGAGAAAGUGGCUUCUCAGUGGCAGGGAGGCCACUUCCAAGCACAUCCAUGUCCCUUAGCAGCUGGCUGCCUGCAAAAAAAACCUCAAAAACUCCUGGGAGAAACCCCAGGUGUUAUCUCAAAACGCCUUGUUUAAACAUCUCCCUUGUUUGUUCCUUUGGGUAUUUAACGGGCAAACACUUCCCAAUGCUCCAUGCGGGCUGGGGACCGCCAGGAAUUGUAAAUCCUGUAAACAUUUAACUUCUAGGCUUGCCAAACUUUGGUAAAAGAUUAUGGUAAGAGAUGCUGGGCGUGCUGGAGGAGCUGGGGUUAAGUGGAGGAGCCUGGAGCCAGGACCAGCAUCCCUAAACAUCGUGUUGCUUUUCCCUGCCUGUGGAUUCAUGGAUGUGGGAUCUCCCCACUCGUCUUGAAGCUCCUGGCAUAUUUUCCUCCCGGGAUGGACAGGAGAGCUGUCGGGAACACCGGCCAUCAGCUGCCAGCAUCAGUGUGGGGACCUCGGCGGCAGCGAGGGGACAGAGAGCCGGACUCUCCCUAGGGACCGAACCUUCUCCCUUCCCUCUCCUUGCCCCGCGUGGGCUGCCCGCCCCCGCGCUGCCUCAUCCGCGGGGGGCUGCGUGCGGGUCCCCCGGUAUCCAUGGCGAUGGGAGGCUGUUUCCCCCCGCGCCCCCUCCCCUUCUCCGCUGCAGCCGGCGAGCAGCCGCAACCGGAGCGGCGGCACCGGAGCUCCGGAGCGGGCGGGAGGGACGGGGGCGAGCUGCGCCCUCUCCCCGGGCAGCCCAUCGCCUCCGGCGGUAGCUCCUGCACGGCAGCGAUGCAGCCCCCGGAGCCGGGUCGGGCCGGAGGAGGCCCUUCCUACGGCACCUGGUGGCCCAACUCCAGCGCCAGCCACCUCCUGAGGGAGAACUACACCUUCCUGGCGUACUACCAGCAUUCCUCCCCUGUGGCCCUCAUGUUCAUCCUGGCCUACACCUUCAUCUUCCUCAUGUGCAUGAUCGGCAACGUCCUGGUGUGCUUCGUCGUGGUGAAGAACCGCCAGAUGCGCACGGUCACCAACAUGUUCCUCCUCAACCUGGCCAUCAGCGACCUGCUGGUGGGCAUCUUCUGCAUGCCCACCACCCUGGUGGACAACCUCAUCACAGGUUGGCCCUUUGACAACACCAUGUGCAAAAUGAGCGGCCUGGUGCAGGGCAUGUCCGUCUCCGCCUCCGUUUUCACGCUGGUCGCCAUCGCUGUGGAGAGGUUUCGCUGCAUUGUCCACCCCUUCCGGCAGAAGCUGACGCUGAGGAAAGCCCUGCUGACCAUCGCCAUCAUCUGGGUGCUGGCCCUGCUCAUCAUGUGCCCCGCUGCCGUCACCCUGACUGUCACCAGGGAGGAGCACCACUUCAUGGUGGACACCUACAACAACUCCUACCCUCUCUACUCCUGUUGGGAGGCCUGGCCUGAGACGGAGAUGAGGAGGAUCUACACCAUUGUCCUCUUCUCCCACAUCUACGUGGCUCCCCUCGCCCUCAUCGUCAUCAUGUACGCCCGCAUCGCCUUCAAGCUCUUCAAGUCGGUGGCACCUGCCCACGGCGGAGAGGAGCCAGAGGGCAGAAGGAUCUCCCGGAGGAAGGCCAAGGUCAUCAACAUGCUCAUCAUUGUUGCCCUCUUCUUCACCAUCUCCUGGCUGCCCCUCUGGACACUGAUGCUGCUGACGGACUACGGGCGGCUGAGCGAGGGCCAGCUCCGUCUGCUCGCCGUCUACAUCUACCCAUUCGCCCACUGGUUGGCCUUCUUCAACAGCAGCGCCAACCCCAUCAUCUACGGCUACUUCAAUGAGAACUUCCGGCGGGGCUUCCAGGAGGUCUUCAGGGCCCCCCUCUGCUCGCUCCGCUGCCAGCGCAGGCCCUACGCCCCCCGGAGCCACGGCCGCGGGACCCUCUUCAGCACCCGCAACCGCAUCUUCACCCAGGCGCGAAACAGCGACUCGCCGGCUGUGUCCGAGUCGGGGCCGCUGGCCCCGCGCCGCGCUGGAGUCCCAGCGUGGGACAGCUAAGGAGCCAUGGUCACCAAACCACUCUGGACCAAAGGCUUGCAGGGUGGGGAGUGGGGAUUUGCCCUGUCAUGGCUAUGAGACGUCAAAAUAAAGGUGUGUCCUACUGA